CAAACAGUUGGGUGAGCAGCAUGUAAGCACAUGAAAUAGUUUGUGUCGGUGUGGCAAACAAAGAGCGUGAAAAUGCGACUAGAAAAGGUGGAAAUGGCGCCAAGAUAGAGAUACUGACCGGGGGCGGGGGUGGGGCUCUCCAUGGGCGGGGGGCCCCCGGGGGCCCUCAGCAUUGUUGCUGCUUUAAAUGCCGACAAGCAGCGCAGGAGCCAUGGCCAGUCCCUGUUCUCCCACGGGUUCCCUGAAGGCUCCGCCCCCGACUACAGGAGUCACUGUGAAGUCAGAGCAUAUCGUAACAAAAAAGCCCACCAGCCCACACGGCGACGUGGUCAUCAUGAUAUCCGACGACGAAGAUGAGAUCAUGGAUGUGACGGAGAAGAGUGGAGUGAAGAGUAAGGGCAAACGGGAAAGCAGAGUGGACAAGGACCGUUUCCACGUCACGGAGACGGUGUUGAGCCUCAUGAGGACACGCUGUGAAGAUCAGGGGUUCAGCUCAGACCUUCCCCUGGAUGCCAUCUGGAGCCCGGCUGGGGUCAAAGACCUGGCUCAGGUGUGCUUGCACUCCCCGUACUGUCUUUACCUCUUUGAUCUGAAGAAGCUGAAGGUGGAACAAGGCAUCCUCGUCUUGGUAAGCUACCUGGACCAGAGCCGGGGGGUUCAGGUGGUCCGUGUGCUGGGGUCUCUGAAGGUGGCCCCUGUCCUGCCGCACCUCAUCUCGGAAGUUUUGGCGGCGAUGCUGAAGGAGACGCUGGGGACGGCCGUGUCCAACCUGACUUUUGUCUACAGCAACUGUGAGGCGCUGGAGUGUUCGGUCAGGUUCCUCGUCCCCUCCGUGGUCUCUAUUUGCAGACUCCCUGACAUGCUGGGGAAAGCCUGCCUGAUGGCGCUGCUGGGCUCCUUCAAGAGAGCGGUGGACUUUGUGGGAGACGUCCAGGAGCACUACUUGCUCUGCUCCUCUGCCAGCGAUGUGCUCAAGGCGGUCUUUGCUCAGCCUCCUGUGCACGCGUGCACUCCCAUCUCAGAGCAUUUCCUGUUCCUCGUCCGCUCCAUCCAAAGGAUUGCGGCCAGCUGGGAGGAUCUGGCGCAGGAUUUUCAGUUUCGGGGUACGCAGGUCAAAGCCCAGAUGAAGGACGCUGAAUUCAAGCUGUAUUUCCUCUUCCUGUCCGAGGCGCUGGAGCCCCUCCGGGAUCUGGCCGAGGAAGGCGGCGGCGCGGACGUGGCCACGGAGCUGCAUCUGACCUCCGAGCUGCUUCGCUCCUUCUCUGUCGCCCUCCUCCGUCCGCCCGCCGCCGCGCGCUUCAUCAAAAGGCCCGACCGGACACUCCUGUUAGACGAGGCGGAGCGGCUUCCCGCGGCCGAGGUCACCUUCGGCGGCGCCGCUCGCGACUGCCUGCUGGCUGUGAACCUGGGAAAAGACGAGCGACUCAACUUCCUGAAGAACGUGAUGGGCUUCUACACGGCCGUACUGGAAAGUUUCACCCAGAACCUCCCUCAGCGCUUUGGAGGCGCCAUGCUGAGUAACAUCCAAUCAGUACACCAAUGUCCCAAAGACAUCCACUUGUCAGGUCCCAUGAUGUCAGAUCUGGGGGCGGAGUUGGGUCUGUUUGAGGCUGGUUCGGCUGAUGCGCGGCGGCUGGAGGAAGACAUUCCCGCUUUGAUCAAGUCGCUGAAGAAGCAUGGCGGCAGAGGAGCUGCUCACUGCUGGACCAAUACGUUGGCCGCCAUGAGUCCAGGUUCUCUGCUACGUCGCCUCCUGCUGACCCUGCUGACCCUGCCCACCUCUCUGAAUUUGAAACCACUUUUGGUUCAGGUUUUCACCAGUGCCAGGUUUCUGUCUGAAAGCCGCAGCGCAGAGGAAGCAUCUAAGUUGACUUCACCUCCACCGGGCAGGAGUCCACAAACACGCCGCGGACCGCGAGUCCUGACCAGGCUUCGAUCCCAAGAGAAACAGAAGAAGCGUGGAAAGAGUCUGUGGAACUUAAGCGAUACGGACGGCUCGGACACGGACAAUUCAUCUGAUGUCUUUGACGGCUCAGAAGAAGUAGAAAAAACUUCCCCAGCUUUGGCAGAGUUUGUAUACGAGAUAAACAGCGAGGACGACGAUGUCAAGACCCCCGACAUCUCUGACGUCAAGUCCACGAGCUGGACCAGACUAGCCAGCGAGUGGCGUAUCGAGGCAGGUGAGCUGGUCUGGGGGGAGCUGGAGAGUCACGCUCCAUGGCCUGCAGUGGUCCUGUCCUGUCAGUCCAAACAGGACCUGGCCAACAAGAAGAUGGUGCUGUGGUACGGAUGCAGCAUGUUUUGUCAGGUGAGUGAGGACACGCUGAAGCCUUUUGCCGACUUCUCCGACAACUUCUGCUCCAGAUCCUUCAGCAUCCUCAACUCCUACAGGAACGCCAUCGAGGCGUGUCUGCAGGAGGCGGCUCGGCGCUGUAAAAAGACCUUCUCUUCAUCCUCGUGUGAGAAAGAUGGGCUGUUGAAGAAGAUGUUGGCCUGGGCUGUUGGAGGCUUUCUACCCUCCGGACCUGAUGGAUUCAAACCUGCGUCCUCUGAGAACGGCGGGAAGGAAGAACCACACCUCCCGAAGCACAGAAGACGAGGACGAAAAAAGCAAAGAGCCAGCGUGAAGAUGGACAUGGAGGUGGAAAUGAAGGAAGCCUGCAUCUCCCUCAGCAAACUGUCACAUGACCCCAGGGACAAGUCCACCAGCAAACUGUCACAUGACCCCGGGGACAAGUCCACCCCCAAACUGUCACACGACCCCGCGGACAAGUCCACCCCAAAACUGUCACAUGACUCCAGGGACAAGUCUACCCCCAAACUGUCACAUGACCCCGGGGACAAGUCCACCCCCAAACUGUCACAUGACUCCAGGGACAAGUCUAACCCCAAACUGUCACAUGACUCCAGGGACAAGUCUACCCCCAAACUGUCACAUGACCCCGGGGACAAGUCCACCCCCAAACUGUCACAUGACUCCAGGGACAAGUCCACCCCCAAACUGUCACACGACCCCAGGGACAAGUCCACCCCCAAGAGUGCAGCAAAGCGCAAGAAGCUCCUCUCCAAAGAGAGCCCCGGCUCCAAAAAGCGAGUUGGGGCGGGCACGUCGGAGGAGAAGCCAGGCUGUGGGCCCAGUAAGAGGUCUUUCACCCACUACAACAAGGUCAACCAGUCCAACAGCGCCAUCUACACUCAGCCAGACCAGAAGCUCAGAGAGGAAACCAUUAGGAGAAUCGUGGACAAAAAUCUGGACAUUGAAGGUUUCUGUCUGUGCUGUGGCGAGGAGAAGGUGGACAUGGUCCAUCCUCUGUUCAAAGGAGGCCUCUGCUUGACAUGCAAGGACAACUUCACAGAGACCUUGUAUCGCUACGACGAGGACGGCUACCAGUCCUACUGCACCAUCUGCUGCUACGGCAUGGAGGUCAUCCUGUGCGGCAACGACGGCUGCUGCAGGUCCUACUGUGGAGACUGUCUCAACAUCCUGGUCGGGGCCGGCACCUUCGACUCGCUCAAGGACGUGGACCCCUGGAUCUGCUACCUGUGCCAGGACCACCAGGCCCACCGGGCCCUCAUUCCCAGGGAGGACUGGAGCAUUCAAGUCCAGCAGUACUUUGCCAACAACAGCGCCAUGGAGUUUGAGCCCCACCGUGUCUACCCCUCCAUCCCCGCCAACCAACGCAGACCCAUCCGAGUUCUCUCGCUCUUUGACGGCAUCGCCACAGGCUACCUGGUGCUGAAGGACCUGGGCUUUAAAAUCCAGACUUACGUCGCCUCCGAGAUUUGCGAGGACUCCCUGGCCGUCACGCUGGUCAACCACGAGGGGAGGAUCAACCAAGUUGGAGACACCCGCAACAUCUCCAAGGAGCUGAUCCAGGAGUGGGGUCCCUUUGACCUGCUGAUCGGUGGAAGCCCCUGUAACGACCUCUCCAUCGUCAACCCCAUCCGCAAAGGAAUCUACGAGGGUUCCGGAAGGCUCUUCUUUGACUUCUACCGCGUCCUGCAGAUGCUGAAGCCCAAGGAAAAAGACCCCAGGCCGUUCUUCUGGCUGUUUGAGAACGUAGUCUUCAUGAACACUCACGACAAAGUCAACAUCUGCCGCUUCCUGGAGUGCAACCCAGUCCUGGUGGACGCUGUCAAAGUCAGCCCGGCCCACCGAGCUCGCUACUUCUGGGGGAACAUUCCAGGGAUGAGCAGACCCAUCACGGCCUCCCAAAGUGACAAGUUGAACCUCCAGGACUGUUUGGAGAUCGGCAGAGAAGCCAGGGUCACCAAAGUGAGAACUAUCACAACAAACCCAAACUCUCUGAAGCAGGGCAAAAACGUCUCUCUACUUCCUGUCCUCUGUAACGGCAAAGAGGACAACUUGUGGAUCACAGAGCUUGAAAAGAUCUUCGGCUUCCCCAAGCAUUACACGGACGUGAGGAACAUGAACCGCCAGCAGAGGCAGAAGGUGCUGGGCAAGGCCUGGUGCGUGCCCGUCAUCCGACACCUCUUCGCCCCGCUCAAGGACUACUUUGCCUGCGAGGAGCUCACCCACCUGUGCCACUCUCCUCCCCCGCAGCUCAGCAGGCCUGCUGCUAAAGACACCUGCUGCUAAAGACACCUGCCUCCAAGCCAAGAAAGGUGGACACAAAGUACAUUUAGAAAAGAAUAGAUACCAAUAAGUUAUCGGUCGUGGUAUCUGAAGAAGCAGGUAUCUACACCUGUAUCAGCUUGAAAGAGAAUAUUCCCACUCCAAGUGUUUACAGGUCAUCACAUACAUCCACUUAAGUGACGGAUUGAUUAUCAACUCUUUUUAUAUAUUGUGUGCACAUGUGUAUUGUCUGCAGCUUUGGAUUUUUAGUUGAGGAAAAAGGUCACGAAGCAUUAAGAGUAAUGGACAUCAGUUUUAUUGUUGUAGUCUCAUCAGGUGUUUCUCACACUUUGAUGUUUUCACACUCAGGGAAAAACAAAUCAUGUUUUAUGGUCAUUUUUUUGGUCCAAAUUUUGCACAACUUUGACUUGCUGCUGCCUCCUGAGGAACCAAAUGGUAUUACAAGUGUGGCGACACACGUACUGUACACAAGAACCGCUGCUACUUCAACUUUUGGUUAUUGUUGACGCAAAGUCACACUUUUUACACAAUAAAAUAUUUGAUUGGA